AUGUCCACUCAAGAAAAUGUGACCGGAGCAAGCUCCAAGACAUUUGAUCCUGUUCUUUUUGACACGUUUGAAGCAUAUUUCACCAUUUUGGGCCUUCCUCAAUAUAAAGUAGAAGGACAACAGUGGUCGCAGGAAGACAGUCAGUGGUUUGAGCUCGAUCACUUCCUAGAAGACGAUUGCAAGGUUGAUGAUGAUGAUCAGUGGGCUAAGGCAUUUUAUGUGGCUUGUUGUACUAGUCCCACAGGUGAAGCAACAUUAUAUCAACUCAAUGACGGUCAAUGGAUGACGCCUAUAGUUCCCUAUCUGUUUGCGGGAUAUCAUACUGAUGUCAAUGGGGAAAGCGUAGCAACAUUCAUCAGAUUUGACAAAGAGAUCACGAACCUGAAAAUGAGACCACGCCUAGAUAUGAGCCAGAUUAUGAGGAUCUCAGAAGGUGACUUUGGCACAGUACGUAAAUUGAGGCUCUUGAAUCGCUCCGACGUGAAUCUGUCUGACAGCCCUCCGGAGCCUUGCAUCUUCCUCACCCGCACAGCCUUUGACGCUUGUACAGGAGGGAGAUCUGGUUGCGAACCCUCGUGGGCAGACCAGAAAAGAAUCCGAGAGUUGCACCAACCCGGAGUAGUAUCCGUCAAUGUCAACAGAGAGGACGUCAGAGUUCCCGUCACCUAUCAUGCUUUGAUAACCUCUUUAGGACUCGCGUUCCUCCUUCGCUAG